GCCGAUAUGGGUGGCACAACAAUCUCUCCCACGGCGGAAGCGACCGCCGCCGACGACUACGAAUCACCAUCGCGCCUCCUCCUCCCGAAACUCAACGCCAAAAUCCCUGAAGACUCCUACCAUUUAGCCUACAUAAUCUACUUUAUCCUUGGCACAGGUUACUUGAUUCCAUGGAAUGCAUUCAUCACCGCCGUCGAUUACUUUUCCUAUCUGUACCCCGAUGCCUCCGUCGACCGUGUUUUCUCCGUCGUUUACAUGGUUAUAGGGUUGAUCUCUCUUCUCAUUAUCGUCGUCUACUCGCACAAAUCUCAUUCAUUCGUCAGGAUUAACGUCGGUCUAGGUUUGUUCGUUGUAUCGUUGCUUGUUGUUCCUGUGAUGGAUGUAACUUACAUCAAGGGUCAGGUCGGGGUUUACGGCGGGUUUUAUGUGUCGGUGGCUGCGGUGGGGUUGUCUGGGAUCGCCGAUGCGUUGGUUCAAGGCGGAGUUAUUGGGACCGCCGGUGAAAUGCCGGAGAGGUAUAUGCAGGCUGUUGUUGCCGGAACUGCUGCUUCAGGAGUUCUCAUAUCAAUUCUAAGAAUCUUUACUAAAGCCGUGUACUCACAAGAUGCUCAAGGGAUUAGAAAAAGCGCCAAUCUUUACUUCGCAGUUAGCAUUGUCGUAAUGUUCAUAUGCAUCGUCUUGCAUAACAUAGCUCACAGACUUCCUGUCAUCAAGCACUACAACGAUCUAAAGAUCCAAGCCGUGAACGACGAAAAGGAAGAGAAGGGAGGGGACUCUGGUGCCCUAUUGCACUCAACGUUAUGGGAUAUCAUCGGGACGAUAAAAUGGUACGGUCUCGGUACCGUCAUCCUCUACGUUGUGACAUUAGCCAUUUUUCCCGGAUUUAUUACCGAAGACGUUCAUUCUCAAGCCCUCAAAGAUUGGUAUCCAAUCAUCCUUCUUACAUCUUACAACGUGUUUGACUUAGUCGGAAAAUGUUUGACUUCAAUUUACGUUAUCGCUAAUUCCAAGGUGGCGAUAGGUGCCUCGUUUGCUCGGCUUUUGUUUUUUCCGGUUUACUUGACGUGUUUACACGGUCCUAUGGUUCUUCGGACCGAAAUUCCAGUGACCAUCGUGACUUGUCUUCUCGGGCUCACGAAUGGCUACUUGACCAGCUGUUUGCUGAUGCUGGGUCCUAAAAUGGUGCCGCUACAACACGCGGAGACGGCUGGGACCGUGCUCGUGUUGUUUUUGGUAGUGGGUCUGGCAUGUGGUUCGGUCGUUAGUUGGUUUUGGGUCAUUUGAUUUUCGGAAUUUGUACCGUAAAUUGUAAACUAUGUUGUUUGUUUUCGAUCUUGUGUUUUGCUGUCGAUUAAAGGAUUUCGUCAGCUGUAAAAUGUGAAAUCAUUGUAUACAAAAUGCUUUCAAUGACCCUCUUAAUUCAUAUUGCAAUGUCUGUUCGUGCAA